AUGCCUUCGUCACUCUCCAUCACAGCUAGCCAAGAGAAUGUCUUGCCAGACUUCCAGAAGGAACGAGAUAUCACGUCCAAGAAUCAGAUGACCUCGCCUCUUCUCAAACUAUCUUCCGAGAUACGCAACAUGAUCUACACCGAGGCCUUUCGCUCAUCUACGACACUAGUACGAAGCGACAAAGACAAAACCGAUGCCAAGUACUUGAAGUACUCAGAAGAAUCCGAAUCUACUGCGGCUCUCGUACGGGUCAGCCGCCAAGUCCGCUACGAAGCCCUGCCUCUCUUCUACGCACUCACGACAUUCGAUUUGAGUGUAUGCGACUCGACGCGGGCUGCCGAAUGGACCAUAGGCGUGGAGAACAGCGCGGGGAUUACUUCUAUCAUCAGGAGCAACAACACUAUCUUUGUUGAUAUGCUUGAUGAGGCUGAGAGCGGGCAUAAAUGCUUUCCUAAUGUAAAGCAUUUGCAGGAUGCGGAGAUAGGGGUGUACGAGGAAGCAUUGAAUGAUGCGGAAGAACAGGCCAGAAAUCGUAUGUGA